GAGGGGAAAAAAGACGAGAAGAAAAAAGAGAUAAUUUUCCAUAUGUACCAUUGCGCAAGAAAAAUUAAUAUCCGCUCGUUGCCGGCCAAGAUGUUUUUGGUUCUUUUGGCAAAAUAUGAAGCUAUUCCCAGAACGCCAAAAAUCGGUGCCAAGAAAAUUUCUCCGGAUAAUUGGGGGCUGCGAAGAGGUUCAAAUACCUUGGCACCCCACUCUACACCAUCGACUCGUAUUAUUUGUCUAAUUGCAUCAAGAUCGGCAUUUUGCCUUGCUUUAUAAUUUUCUUCAAGGUGACAGAAGACAGCUUAACAAUCCAAGCGAAAUGUCUUCGAAAGCUACAUUCCUUGCUUCUAAAUUCUUGGGCUCUACCCGCCCACUGGCUUUAACACGGCCAACUCGAGCUCAAGCUGGUAGGCUUAGUCUUUUAGGGCGACUUCCUAAUGCUUUUGUCAAUGCUCCUACUCUGACUAGGGCAAUGGCCACCUCGCAACAUGGAAAAAAUUUACAAGAAUACUUUGCCGUGGUUUGGAAUAAUCCUUGGGCUGUUGCGCCUACAGAAGAAGCAGAAAAUCUGAGCUUCCAGGAUGAUCAGAUUGUAGUGACUUUCUCUGGAGAAAUGAUGGCCCCUUCAGGGUUGACACCAAUUGGGGUUUGCUUUGCAUGCCAGGCACCGAGUGAGGAGCAUGUAAAAAACGCUGUUCGGCUUCAUGAAACUAGCUUGAAGGGAAUCUGGAACGCAAAUUUGAUAGAAGUCUCUGCUUUGGAGACUGUGCAUACUAGUGACUAUGAGAAGUAAUGCGAGCUUGUAUGUAGCGGACGUGCUGGUCAGAGUUUUGAUAUCUAUAUUGAAAGUAUUCUAUUUCUAAGU